AUGCUUCUCAGCAGAGCAUCCCUGGGCUUCCUCGGCCUGUUCUUCACGGCCGGCUCGAUCGUGCUCAUCUUCCUCACUCUCUUGGGUGGUGUGCGUAAUAGUACGCCCUUGAAUGAAGUGUACUUCCUCCAGGCCGACACCGGUAACAUUCCUGGAGCGCCGGCGACCUCCCGUUGGACCUUCUGGAACGUCUGCAGUGUCAACGACAAUGGCCGAAGCGUCUGUGGUGAUGUUCACCCCGACUUCCCCUUGGAUCCCCCUGCGCAGAGCAACUUUGGCACCGAGCAGAAUGUGCCUAACCAGUUCAUCGGAACCAACCACUAUUACCUCAUGACUCGUUUCAUGUUCCCCUUCGUCCUCAUUGGCCUGUUCUUCACAGUCCUAUCCCUGUUCACUGGUCUGCUGGCCAUUUGCACUCGCAUCGGCAGCUACUUGUCCGGUCUCCUCGCAUGGCUCGGCUUGACCUUCCAGACCAUCACCACCAGUUUGAUGACUGCUGCGUACGUCCAGGGUCGCAAUGCCUUCCAAUCUAACGGUCAGAAUGCCAAGGUGGGCGUCAAGGCCUUUGCGUUCAUGUGGACUGCUACCGCCUGUCUCUUCAUCGCUUGCAUGAUGUACUGCGCUGGCGGUGCCGUGGGUCGCAAGGACCGCAGCGGCUACAGUGGUCGCUCCGAGCGCCGCCGUGGCUUCUUCUCCGCUCGUUCCAACAGCCUCCGAAGCCAGAAGAAGGAAGAGUCCUCCUUCGCUUAA